GGCUGGACAGGCUUCUGUAGCAGAGUCCUGGGAACGGUUGUUGAGCCGGCCUGGGAUUCCAGGUCGCGCGCCUUCCCGCCCCACCAUCUCCACGGAGUCUGCUGGGUCCCAAGCGAGCUAACCCGAACCCGCACCGGACAGGCGAGCUGGACUGAGAGAAUUCCCUGAGCGCAAAAGUCCUAAGGAUCUCACCAGGAACUGACAGACCCAAGAAACUAGGGGGCAGCAAGAUGGCAGAUGAGGCCUUAGCUGGACUGGAUGAAGGAGCUCUCAGGAAACUGCUGGAGGUCACAGCAGAUCUGGCAGAGCGUCGCCGGAUCCGCUCUGCCAUCCGGGAGUUGCAGCGGCAGGAGCUGGAGCGAGAGGAGGAGGCUCUGGCAUCCAAACGCUUCCGUGCUGAGCGGCAGGACAACAAAGAAAAUUGGCUACACUCACAACAGCGGGAAGCUGAGCAGCAGGCUGCCCUGGCACAGUUGGCAGGGCGGCUGGAGUCCAUGAAUGAUGUGGAAGAGUUGACCACACUGCUUCGGAGUGCCGGUGAGUACGAGGAACGCAAGCUGAUCCGAGCUGCUAUCCGUCGUGUCCGGGCUCAGGAGAUUGAGGCUGCCACCGUGGCUGGAAGGCUCUGCAGUGGGCGUCCCAACAGUGGCUCCAGAGAAGACAGCGGGGGGCAGGCAGCACACAGAUUGGACCCAUGUGAGGUGCCAGAACGGGAGGAACAGGAACAACAAACUGAGGUCCCAGACAGAGCACCAACCCCAACCCCUGAGGACACCAGCCAGGAUAUGACCACAGUGACACUCCUACUGAGGGCCCCACCUGGGGGCACACCCAGCUCACCUGCCUCACCCGAUAGUUCACCCACCACUGCUUCUCCUGAGCCUCCACUAGAACCUUCUGGAGACCAGUGUCCUGCUACAGAGACUCCAGGCAGCCCCGAACCACCUCCUAGCCCCUCAGAAGCUCCCAGCCCUGAGCCCCCCAUGUCAUCAGCACCUCCCAGCUCUGAGGAACAGGUGGUCAACAAGCUCCUGCCUGCCCCCACAGAGUGCCCUGCUGCCCUGGACCUCACCAGAGGCCCCUCCAACACAAAGAGGACAGACCUGGCUGGAUCCCAACCCUGCCAACACUCCCUGUCUGUGCUCAGCCCCCUACGGCCAGUCCAGAAUCGAGAAUCCAUCCCCCUUGCCAGUGGACCUUCCCCGAUCCAUCGGGCUGGCUCUGUGCGAGAUCGAGUCCGCAAGUUCGUGUCUGAUUCUCCUGUGGCUGUCAGGCUCCAGGAUGGUCCACCCAGGACAGCCCUUGCUUCCCUGACCCCCACAAGGCUCCUGGGCCCCUCCCUCAUCAGCACCACGCCUGCCUCCUCCAACAGCUCCUCCUCUCGAAAGCCCAAUGACACUUCUUCCCAGUUCAGCAAGGAGCAAAGAGGAAGAGCUCAGCCCCUGGCCCAGCUUCAGAGCUGCCCACAGCCCCCGCCUGCGGGGCGGGGCUUGGCUCCCAGAUCCCUUGAAAACCAAGCAGGGGGGCCCAGAGCCUGCUCAGAGGAUCCCAGUGUUCCACUGCCUGUGGCCAUCGGCACUGGGGAGCCAGGGGGCAGUAUGAAGACCACGUUUACCAUCGAGAUCAAGGAAGGUCGUGGCCAAGCCUCCACAGGCCGAGUACUGCUGCCCGCAAGCAACCAGAGGGCAGAACUGACACUAGGACUGCGGGCACCCCCUAGCCUUCUCAGCAGCAGCAGUGGGGGCAAGAGCACCAUCAGCCAUGUCAGCACCCCUGGGACUAUGACCCGGCUGGGCAGUGUCACUCAUGUCACUACCUUCAGCCAUGCCUCCCCUGGUAACCGAGGAAGCUGCAACAUUAAGAUGGAGCCAGAGCCAGCAGAGCCCCCUUCUGUGGCAGUGGAAGCAGCUAAUGGUGCAGAGCAGACUUGGGUAGACAAAGCACCAGAGGGGCGGAGCCCACUGAGAGCUGAGGAGCUGAUGGCCAUUGAGGAUGAAGGUGUCCUGGACAAGAUGCUGGAUCAGACCACAAGCUUUGAGGAACGGAAACUCAUCCGGGCUGCUCUCCGUGAGCUCCGACAAAGAAAGAGAGACCAGCGGGACAAGGAGCGAGAACGGAGGCUGCAGGAGGCACGGGCCCGGCCAGGGGAGAGCCGAAGCAGUACGGCCACAGAGACUACCACAAGGCACACUCAGCGGGCAGCUGAUGGCUCAGCUGUCAGCACUGUUACCAAGACUGAGCGGCUCGUCCACUCCAAUGAAGGCACACGAACGGCCCGCACCACCACGGUGGAGUCAAGUUUUGUGAGGCGCUCGGAGAAUGGCAGUGGCAGCACCACAGUACAAACCAAGACCUUCUCCUCUUCUUCUUCCUCAUCCAAAAAAAUGGGCAGCAUCUUUGAUCGAGAGGACCAGACCAGCCCACGGCCUGGCAGCCUGGCAGCCCUGGAGAAACGCCAGGCAGAGAAGAAGAAAGAGUUGAUGAAGGCACAGAGUCUGCCCAAGACUUCAGCAUCCCAAGCUCGCAAGGCCAUGAUUGAGAAGCUGGAGAAAGAAGGCUCUGCAGGCAGCCCUAGUGCACCCCGUACAGCUGUACAGCGCUCCACCAGCUUCGGAGUCCCCAAUGCCAACAGCAUCAAACAGAUGUUGCUGGACUGGUGCCGAGCCAAGACUCGUGGCUAUGAGCAUGUAGACAUCCAGAACUUCUCCUCCAGCUGGAGUGAUGGGAUGGCCUUCUGUGCCUUGGUGCACAAUUUCUUCCCUGAGGCCUUUGACUAUGGGCAGCUUAGCCCGCAGAACCGGCGUCAGAACUUUGAAGUGGCCUUCUCGUCUGCUGAGACCCAUGCGGACUGCCCGCAGCUCCUGGAUACAGAGGACAUGGUGCGGCUUCGAGAGCCUGACUGGAAGUGCGUGUACACGUACAUCCAGGAAUUCUACCGCUGUCUGGUCCAGAAGGGGCUGGUAAAAACCAAAAAGUCCUAACCCCUGCUUGGGGCCCCACGGAUGCUGGUGGACUGUGUACCCCUGGUGGAGGUGGAGGACAUGAUGAUCAUGGGCAAGAAGCCCGACCCCAAGUGUGUCUUCACUUACGUGCAGUCGCUCUACAACCACCUGCGGCGCCACGAGCUGCGCCUACGCGGCAAGAAUGUCUAGCCACCCUGCUCCUCAAGGCCCACGCUGCAGACCGCGGUCCCCACCCUCCCAGCACGGUCUCCUUCCAGUGCGCCUGCCCACUGCUGCCUGGUCUGUCGCAGCACCCUCCCCCUUGUACACGCUCAGCGUUUUUGAUAAAUUAUUGGUUUUCAACGA